GACAGAUUGCUUGCUCCAGUCCUCCAUGCAGCAUCACUAUAAAGAAACCCCCCUCACGUGCCAGAUCUACUAUUCCUAAACCGAAAAUUUUCUUUGAAUUUCGUGCGUUGUUUCUUCUGUAAUACUGUGGGAACCCAUUGUGGGAGGCAAUUUGUAAGUGGUGUGGGGGAGCGCUGCCAUUAUAUCUACAGUACAGUACCGCUGGCUUCGGUGAAACGUCGCGCGGAUGGAGGGAUAUACUACGGCCGAAUGAAUAAAGGAUUUUACGAGAAGUGCUUUAACAUCGCGUGCGCGUUUUCGCGCGUCUUUGCGUCGGGGUUCCCUCAGCGGUCGUCUCGCAGAGGCGGCCAGCCUUCAAACAAUAGCGCCCGGUGGAGCGCUGGUUACAGUAUCGCCGCGCGCAGGACCUCGCGCAUCAUUGUCAUUAUUCUACAACCACGAGCGCUCGCAAAUGGAGACGGCCACGCGCUCCGGUGAUCUUCACACAUAGAUUACUCAGAUCCGCCGUUUUAUUAGCACCAUCAGUGGGAACACACACAUAUUCUGCAAUGAUGGCAAUGAUGAAUUCUGCCGAGGGGGCUGAGGAUGGACCGAACGAUCCGGACACGGACCCGUUUUUCAAAACAGUUCCCUCUUUCUCAUCAGGGUCUCUUAGGAAUGACGGAAUAAAGGCUUCUGAUGUCUUGACAGUUUUAAGAGAAAAGGUUGCCUUUGUCUCAGGAGGAAGAGAUAAGAGAGGGGGACCGAUCCUCACCUUCCCUGCACGAAGUAACCAUGACAGAAUAAAGCAGGAGGACUUGCGAAAACUGGUGACUUAUCUAUCCACUGUACCCAGUGAGGACGUUAGCAAGCGAGGGUUUACGGUGAUCAUUGAUAUGCGCGGCUCUAAGUGGGAUCUAAUCAAACCGUUACUGAAGACCCUCCAGGAAUCCUUUCCUGCAGAGAUCUGCGUCGCUCUCAUCAUCAAACCAGACAACUUCUGGCAGAAACAGAAGACUAACUUUGGCAGUGCCAAGUUCACUUUCGAGACCAGUAUGGUAUCUGUGGAGGGCCUAACUAAGUUGGUGGACCCAUCCCAGCUGACGUCAGACCUGGAGGGAACGCUGGAGUAUAACCACGUGGAAUGGACCGAGCUCCGCGUUUCGCUCGAGGAGUUCACUGGAGGUGCUCUGCACCUCCUUUCUCGGCUGGAGGAGCUGCAGGAGACGCUUUCCCGCCAGGAGGUGGCGGCUAACGCAGAGGAAGCGCGAAAGCUCCUGGAGGAACAUGCUCGGCUGAGGAAGACCAUGACAAAGGCACCGGUGGAUGAGUUGGAUCAGGAGGGCCAGCGGCUCCUGCAGAAGAUCAGGGACGGGGGAGACGGAAGGCUAUCGGGUGGGGCGGAUUUCCAGAGUUUGGUACCUAAGAUUGCCGCCCUGCUGGAUAAGCUGCAAGUUACGAGGCAGCAUUUGCUCCAGGGAUGGCACAGCCGCAAACAACAGCUGGACCAGUGCUUUCAGUUACGGCUGUACGAGCAGGAUGCGGAGAAGAUGUUUGAAUGGAUAGGACACAAUAAAGAGCUGUUCUUGCAGACUCACACAGACAUCGGCAUGAGCUACCAGUAUGCGGCAGAUCUGCAGACGCAGCAUGACCACUUCGCCAUGAACUCCAUGAAUGCGUAUGUGAACAUCUCGCGCAUCGUCUCCGUGGCGACGCGUCUCUGCGAGGCGGGUCAUUACGCCGCGGCUGAGAUACAACAGAUCUCCGGUCAGUUAGAUCAAGACUGGAAGAGCUUUGCUUCUGCGCUAGAGGAGCGCAGCGCCAUUCUGGCCAUGUCCUCUGUGUUUCACCAGACAUCCGAGCAGUUUCUGUCCAAUAUGGAGGGCUGGGUGAAGUCAUGCGGGGAGACUGGGUUGCCGACGGCGACGCAAGAGCUUGAGAUGGCCAUCCAUAACCAUCAGAAUCUGUAUGAGCAGGUCACCACAGCAUACACGGAGGUCAGUCAGAAAGGCAAGACCCUGCUGGAUGUGUUGCAGAGGCCUCAGCCUCCAGCUGAUUCUGGGUCUCUGACAGCUGGGGCGGAUUAUAGUCAGGCAGUGAGAGGGGUUUUGGAGGUAAUCCAUGAGGUGGUUCAUCAGUAUCGCAGACUUGAGGGUCUUCUGCAACACCGCAAGCUCCGACUGCACCAGAGACUUCAGCUGUGUGUGUUUCAGCAAGAUGUGCAGCAGGUGUUGGACUGGAUUGAAAACCAUGGAGAGGCAUUCCUCAGUAAACACACAGGGGUUGGGAAGUCAGUUCAUAGAGCGCGAGCGCUACAGAAACGACAUGAUGACUUCCAGGAGGUGGCACAGAACACUUACACUAAUGCAGAUAAGCUGUUGGAGGCAGCAGAGCAGUUGGCUCAGACGGGUGAGUGUGAUCCAGAAGAGAUCUACGCUGCUGCCCAUCACCUGGAGGUCAGAGUUCAGGAGUUUGUGAGGAGGGUAGAGCAGAGGAAACUGCUGCUGGAUAUCUCAGUGUCUUUUCACACCCACACCAAAGAGCUGUGGACGUGGAUGGAGGAUCUGCAGAAGUCUAUGGUGGAGCCGGUGUUAAACUCUGACUCUGUGGAUGCGGUUCAGGAGCUCAUCAGACAGUUUCAGCAGCAGCAGAGCAGCACCUUGGACGCUACGCUUAAUGUCAUUAAAGAGGGGGAGGAGCUUAUUCAGCACCUGCGAGACUCAGCAUUGGCCUGUAAUAAACUUCCUCACGCCAGCUCAGUUGCUCAUAUCGAGGGUGUCCUGCAGCAGCUGGAUGAAGCUCAAGCUCACAUGGAAGAGCUUUACCACGAGCGCAGGAUCAAACUGGACAUUUUCCUACAGCUACGCAUCUUUGAACAAUACGCAUUGGAGGUUAUGGGUGAACUUGACGCAUGGAAGCAGGAUCUGAUGCGACAGGCGUCUGACUUCAACACGGAGGAACUCACGCUGGCUGAACAGAGACUCCACAGACACACCGAACGCAAGCUCGCCAUGAACAACAUGACUUAUGAGGUCAUACAGCAGGGACAGGACCUCCAUCAGUACAUUAUGGAGGUCCAGGCUUCAGGUAUGGAGCUCACAGGAGAGAAGGACAUGGAUUUGGCUUCCAGAGUUCAGGAGCUUCUGGAGUUCUUGAAUGAAAAACAACACGAGCUGGAAAUGAGCGCCGAACAUGCACACAAACGUCUGGAGCAGUGCCUGCAGCUGCGACACCUGCAGGCGGAGGUCAAACAGGUGUUGGGUUGGAUUCGUAACGGGGAGUCGAUGCUCACGGCGAGCACAACCAACGCUGGUUCCCUGUCUGAGGCGGAACAACUUCAGAGAGAGCACGAACAAUUUCAGCUCGCAAUCGAGUCUCUCCUCCAUGCCGACUCCCUUCAGCGUACCCAUCAGAGCGCCCUGCAGCUCCAGCAGAGGGCGGAGCUGCUGUUGCAGGCCGGCCACUAUGACCCGGAUGCCGUACGAGCCUGCGCUGAAACCGUGGCCCUUCAUUGGCAAACCCUCAUGCUGAAGAUGGAGGACCGAUUAAAGCUGGUUAACGCCUCUGUGGCCUUCUACAAAACAUCCGAGCAGGUGUGUAAUGUAUUAGAGAGUCUGGAGCUGGAGUACAGGAGAGAAGAGGACUGGUGUGGAGGUCACGAUAAACUGGGCUCAACUGCAGAGACGGACCAUGUGACCCCGCUCAUCGGCAAACACCUGGAGCAAAAAGAGGCUUUCCUUAAGGCAUGUACGUUAGCACGUCGUAAUGCCGAGGUCUUUCUCAAAUACAUCCAUCGAAAUAACGUGAGCAUGCCUGGGGUCGCCACCCACAAUCGUGCCACUGAGUCCCAGGUCAAAGGUCAGUUCAGGAUUUACAAGCACUAUAUUGUCUGUUUGUUUAUGAAUGUUCGUAAUUGUUCAUUGAUUGUAUCAUACAUGUUUUUAGCCAUACUGAGUGAGCUGCUACAGAGAGAAAAUCGUGUGCUGCAUUUCUGGACUCUUAAAAAGAGACGUUUAGACCAGUGCCAACAGUAUGUUCUGUUUGAACGACACGCCAAACAGGCCAUAGACUGGCUACAGGACACAGGGGAAUAUUUUCUAUCCACACACACAACGCCUGGUGAUACCAGCGAAAAAACUCAGGAUCUACUGAAAGAGUAUGAAGAUUUCCGUGUUUCUGCUAAGCAAACGCAGGAGAAAGUGAAGCUCUUGAUCCAGCUGGCUGGUAGUCUGGUGGAGAAGGGGCAUGUCCACGUGACAGAGCUCAAGAGAUGGGUGUCCACGGUGGACAGGCGGUACCGAGACUUUUCCAUGCGGAUGGGUCAAUACCGCUGUAACUUGGACCGCGCGCUGGGGCUGUGUUCUGAGGACCAUAAAGACCUAGAGCUGGACAUUAUCCCCGCCAGCCUGACCCACACUGACCCAGAGGUCAAUCUUAGUGACCCUGACCAUGAAGAGGAAAAUGAGGAAAAGAAGAAAUCUGCCAGAAAAAAGGAGUAUAUCAUGGCAGAGCUGCUUCAGACGGAGAAGGCUUACGUGCGAGAUCUACAGGAGUGUUUGGAGACAUUUCUAUGGGAAAUGACGAGUGGGGCGGAGAUCCCACCUGGAAUCGCCAACAAAGAGCAUGUGAUCUUUGGAAACAUUCAGGAGAUUUACGAGUUUCAUAACAACGUUUUUCUGAAAGAGCUGGAGAACUACGAGCAGCUUCCAGAAGACGUGGGUCAUUGUUUCGUCACCUGGGCUGAUAAAUUCCACAUGUACGUCACCUACUGCAAAAACAAACCCGACUCCAGUCAGCUGAUUCAGGGUCAGGCCGGGAGGUUCUUUGAUGAAAUCCAGCGGAGACAUGGACUGGCCAAUUCAAUCUCAUCAUACCUGAUUAAACCCGUCCAGAGAAUCACCAAAUACCAGCUUUUGCUAAAGGAGUUGCUAACAUGCUGUGAGGAAGGAAAGGGAGAAAUAAAGGAGGGUUUGGAGGUGAUGCUCAGCGUGCCCAAGCGCGCUAAUGACGCCAUGCAUGUCAGCAUGCUGGAGGGUUUUGAUGAGAACCUUGCAGUACAGGGUGAGCUCAUCCUUCAGGACACCUUCCAGGUAUGGGAUCCCAAAUCCCUGAUCCGAAAGGGCCGCGAUCGACACCUCUUCCUCUUCGAGAUCUCGCUCGUCUUCAGUAAAGAGAUGAAAGACUCGUCUGGACGCACUAAAUAUGUUUACAAGAACAAGCUGCUGACAUCAGAACUGGGCGUCACCGAACACAUUGAAGGGGAUCCGUGUAAAUUCGCUCUGUGGGCUGGACGUACACCAACAUCUGACAACAAAACAGUGCUAAAGGCCUCCAGUAUAGAAGUGAAACAGGAGUGGAUUCGUAACAUCAGGGAGGUGAUUCAGGAAAGAACCGUUCACCUGAAGGGGGCGCUAAAGGAGCCAAUACAUCCUCCCAAAACACCAGCCAGACAGCGCAGCAUCAGCAAGAGGGAAACCACUGAGGAUGCAGACAGUCAGGGUGAUGCCAGCAGCCAGCCGGACACGAUCUCCAUCGCUUCCCGCACCUCCCAGAAUACUGUGGACAGUGAUAAGUUGUCGGGUGGUUGUGAGCAGACCGUGGUUCUGCAGGACUUUGUCGCAGGUUCUGUGGGCGAGCUGAGCAUUCAAUCGGGUCAGACCGUUGAGCUUUUGGAAAGGUCCGGAGAGCGGCCCGGCUGGUGUCUGGUGCGGACCACCGAACACUCGCCCCCUCUAGAGGGUCUGGUUCCCAGCAGCACCCUCUCCGUGUCUCAUUCCCGUAGCAGCGUUGACAUGGAUUGUUUUUUCCCACCUGGGAAAGAAAGCUAUACUGUGGGAGGUACAGAGGUGAAAUCUGAAUCGGCUGCGUCCCUACAGCCGCAGUCGUCUGUGACCUCUCUGCCGACCGGUUCCCCUGGACCCAAGCGCUCCGGGACUACUGGAAACACUUUAAAGAAAUGGCUCACCAGCCCCGUACGUCGCCUUAGCCACGGAAAGGGUGACAACGCUAACGCGAAAAAACCUAACAGUAAGCAGCGCAAACGCGACGGCCGCAAGAGCGUGGAAUUGGGACCGCAGCACCAGGACAGCACAGAGGAGAGAGGAAGAAGAGGAGUGAACAGUGGUGGAGAAGAGGAGGCCGAAGACGAACCCCAUACCCCCCUCCCACCUCCAAUGGAGAUCAUCAAGGACCCGUCGGCUCAGGAGGAGAAGACUCCAGAUUCUGGAUCUUUCCCAGUUUUGGGUAGCGUCACCCCCUCUGAUCAGACGCCCAGAGAUCCAGAGACGGAGCAGAAGAAUAAGGCCAUGAGGGGGCGAAUGUUUGUGUUAAACGAAAUGGUCCAGACAGAGAGAGAUUAUGUGAAGGACCUGGGUGUCGUAGUGGAGGGCUUCAUGAGAAGGAUCGGGGAGAAGGGUGUUCCAGAGGACAUGACAGGGAAGGAUAAAAUUGUCUUUGGGAACAUUCAUCAGCUCUACGACUGGCAUAAAGAUUUUUUUCUUGGUGAAGUGGAGAAAUGUCUUCAGGACCACGACAAAUUGGCCGAGCUGUUUAUCAAGCAUGAGAGAAGGUUACACAUGUAUGUGAUCUACUGUCAGAACAAGCCUCGCUCCGAGUUUGUUGUAGCUGAGUAUGAUGCAUAUUUCGAGGAGAUACAGCAGGAGGUAAACUCCAGGCUCUCCAUUAGUGAUUACCUGAUCAAACCCAUCCAGAGGAUCACUAAAUACCAACUUCUGCUCAAGGACUUUUUGAAGUACAGUUCUAAAGCAGGUCUGGACUGUAAAGAAAUUGAGAAAGCCGUUGAUCUGAUGUUCCUGGUGCCCAAGCAGUGUAAUGACAUGAUGAAUCUGGGACGUUUGCAGGGCUACGAGGGCAAACUGACAGCUCAGGGAAAGUUGCUGCAGCAGGACACGUUCUUCGUGACGGAGCAAGACUCUGGGGUUCUGUCGCGCAGUAAAGAGCGCAGAGUCUUCCUCUUUGAACAGAUCGUCAUCUUCAGCGAGCUGCUGCGCAAGGGCUCUUCAACACCAGGGUACCAGUUUAAAAAGAGCAUCAAGGUGAGCUACCUGAGCAUGGAGGAACACGUGGACGGUGACCCCUGCAAAUUCGUCCUUUUAAGCCGCGGCUCGUCCGAACGGGUAACGCUACAGGCGGCUAACGUCGAUAUCAAGAAAGAGUGGGUCCAGAGCAUCCAAAAACUACUGGACAUGCAGAUAAACUUCCUCACAGCCCUUCAGAACCCGCUGGAAUAUCAGAAGAAAGAGACUGGAGUUUCUCUGACUAGGCAGCUGUCCAAUAGCAGCAAAUCUUCAUCUUCUCAUCCCUCCACACCCCUCAAACCCAACACAGCCCCCAAUGGAAGCCCCGCCCACAAACCCAACAAGCAUGUAGAAGAGGAGCUGGACGAGGGCGAGUGUAACGGUCUUUCAUCCGUGCUGGUGACGCAGGACUACAAUGCCGUAAAGGAGGAUGAGAUCUGCGUGGCUGUUGGUGAAAAGGUGCAGAUCCUGGCGUCCAAUCAGCAGAACAUGUGCCUGGUUUACCGACCCGCAAACAGCCAAUCACCCGCCGCGGAAGGCUGGGUACCGGGUCACGUGCUAUCCUCGACCCGGUAAAGCCACGCCUCCUCAAAACCACCACCACAGCCAAAACUCACUCAAUCACACACCAUCCAGCUACACCACAGUAAACCAGCCUACUCUGGGAAGGCAUCAAGGACGUGCCACUCAAACUUCUGCUAAGCUGCUGUUAAUCACUCAGAACAGGAAGUCCCGCCCAUUUCUACCUGUUGACGUACAGAACUAAAGAUGCACGCUGGGAAAUAAACAGUGCAACCUCCCAUAGUCAAUAUAUGGGCAAAAUAUGAAAAAUACAUUAGAGGAAGUUGAAGAAAAUCUAUUAUAUUGCUAAUAAUUUAAAAAAAGAUUGUGUUGUAUAGAGAGGAAACCGAGGUGAAUUUGUUAGUGAUUUACGUGUGGAUGUGUAUGGAUGUUUUCGUCACCUUUUCUCAUAAACUCUCGCUCCAUUACUCGCAAAAGACUGUUUAUGACUGGGGCUUUCCCUCUUUCUAUGUCUUUCGGUCUAUGCCAAGUCAUUUGCACACUGUGUAUAUUUUAUUUUACUGAGACUUUAUUUUUUCAAAGUGUCUUAUUUUUACAGCUAUUAGGUGUGGCACAUUUAUUAUUUCUUUUAGUUCUGUCGAUCGAUCGGUUCAGUGUUUUGUAAAAAGUAUUCUGCACUUUUCAGACAAAUAGUAUGGCAGUGACGGCAAGUUGUGCAAUACGGCAAUAGUCACAAUGCUCAUAACUGUACCUGUAACUAAAGAUUUAAAUGUAUUAUUCUGUAUCAUUUUAAAGCUGUACAUAAUAUUUUUGACAUUGCCAUAAUAGAUACACAGCGGAGGAAGACGGUCCCCUCUUUUCUCUCCAGGCUCGAUAUCGAAGGAAAUAACCAAACGAAAUGAGACUCUGGUAGUGCGCACUGCCUCUUUAUCCCAACUCUCUGAUUUUUACAUUUGACAUCAUCAGAUUUAGUACGUAAUAAGUUAUCAUCUGAAUCAUAUCAGGACAGAUGUUUACUCGGAUUAGAUUAAAAAUGGAUGUUGUUGAUUUCCAAAGCGUAGUCUCUGCUGUCAGCGAUCUCAGAAAUGUGUGUAAAUAAACGUAAAAAAAUAAUAAUUCUAGCAGGUAUUUCACUUGUUUAUCUCUGGAAUGUUGUUCAUAAUAAAGCUGACAGUUUUUCAUCUUGGA